AUGACUGAAGAAAAUGGAACAACUAUCAAUGGUGAAACGGAGAAAUCGUUUCAAGUACCAUUGAAAAUGCUAUUAGAAACCAGUAACCAGUCGACCAUCGAACGAAAUGUUCACAAUGUCCUCCGCCGAAGCUUUCUCGAACAACGAUCAAUCACCUGGAAACCGAUUAAAGUCGAACUGGUGGUUAAUACCCAACUAACCAAUGAAUUCUUCGGUAAUUAG